AUGGCUUCUGCCGGUCGCAGAAUCUAUGUUGGCCGAAUCCCACCUGAUGCCAGUCGUACUGAUGUCGAGAAGUACUUUGGUCGGUACGGUACUCUGAUGGAUGUUCGAAUCAUGGCUGGAUUUGGGUUCUUGGAGUACGACUCCGUUCGUGAUGCCGAAGAUGCAGUCCAUGACCUCAACGGUCGAGACUUUAUGGGUGAACGAUUGAUUGUCGAGUUUGCUAAGGCCCCGAGAGGUCGUGACAUUCACAGUGGGGGCCAUGGCCCACGUCGAGGUGGAUUCCGACUCCUGGUAAAGGGUUUAUCGCACGAAACUAGUUGGCAGGACUUGAAGGACUUUGCUCGUCAAGCCGGUAACGUUACCCGUGCGGAUGUCGACCGCAACAUGCCUGGUGAAGGGCUUAUUGAAUUUGCGUCUCAGGAUGAUGCCGAUAAUGCGAUCCGCAAGCUAGAUGGUACCGAGCUGAAAGGGAUGGUAGUGACUCUCAUUGAAGAUCGCCCAGGAGGAGGCGGUGGCGGUCGUCGCGAUCGAUCACGUUCUCCGGCUUACCGUGACUCCCGGGAUCGCGAUCGCAGCCCACGUGACCGCAGUCGCGACCGAGAACGUGACCGCAGCCCUCGGGACCGUCGCUACGAUCGGGAGCGCCGACGCAGCCCUCCCCCACGUGACGACAGAGAUCGCGAACGUGACCGUGGGUACGAUCGUAAGGAAAGAGACCGUUCGCCUCGACGUGAUGUCCGAGCCGACUCAGUCUCCAAGAAAUCGCCCUCUGAUUGA